GUUAGGAUUCUGUUAUCAGGGCUGACGUCCUGUGUGUUUAUUUUCGAAAAUCCAAGAAGUUAUGGCAAUCUGUGUAAAUCAUUGAAAACAAAUUGUUUGUUGAGGAUGUCGAAGAAGCGCAACAUCGAUGAAGCUCUGGGCGGAUCCAGGGCGACGAAACAAGUGAAGUUCGAUGAUAAUGUUAAGAAACACACUCUGGAUUCGGACGAGGAGGAUAACGAUGAUCAGUACAACGUUCUGGAUGAGAACGAUAUAGAAGGUGAGGAGGAAGGAGCAGCUAGACAGGAUGGAGAUACCAGGAUGACGGCUUUUAAUAUGCAGGAGGAGAUGGAGAUGGGGCAUUUUGAUAGGGACGGGCAUUUCAUUUGGAACAAUGAGAAGGAGGUGCGGGACAAUUGGUUGGAUAAUAUAGACUGGCACAAGGUGAAGGAUAAGACUGGGGCGAAUCCUUAUUCGCUGGAGUCCAAGGGAUUGGGAGAUGAGAGCGAAUCCGAGGAGGAGAUGGAUACUUUCAAUGAGAUCGAUACGUACAAGAAGAUCAUAACAUAUUUGAAACCAAAGGAGAGCAUAAAUAAAGCGCUGCGACGGCUCGGCGGUGAUAGCAGUAAGUUAUCUACGAUGGAGAAGUUGAAGAGGAAGAAGGCUGGGACUUUGGGCAGCAGCAAGGAGGUCAACGAACUCACGGAGUUGGCCAACGAGGUGCUGACGCAGCUCGGAAACAUGGAUGUGUAUCAAGAAACUUUUGAACAAAUCAGUCUUAAGUUGGACGCUCACGACAAAAAGAACAAAUCGAAGGCGAAAAUAGUCGAAGCCGAGUUGGACAUGUAUUCGGAUGACUUCGAUAAGCAGGAGAAGGGCAAGAUCGUGGGCGUUGACGGGGCGGAGCAAGAGCAGUCGUCGACGACGACGACCAAUACGGCCGGCGAAUCGAGCAGUUCCGAGCUGAUGUGGGAGUUCAAAUGGGAGCAGGACAAGGAGAAGAUCGAAGGACCCUUCGACACUCUGCAGAUGAACAAGUGGCAGUCGGAGGGCCACUUCAAGACCGGCGUCUGGGUGCGCAAAUGCGGCUCCGAAGACGCCAAUUUCUACUCCUCCAGUCGUAUCGACUUCGAGUUGUAUUUAUAAGUUAAUUAAUCGCUUUACAAUAUAAAUAUAAUAAAAAA